UGUCAUGGUUGACAUUUUUCAUUGAAGAUAAGUCGUACGUUUUUUAAUGAUUUUUAUUAUCAAAUAUUUAUUUUCAUUUGGGAAAAUGUGAUGGCAUUCAAGUUGACCGAACCGUUCGUCAAUUUCGCCGCAUUCCACGGUAAUUUAACAAUCUAAAAUGUGCGAAAUUCGAGUAGUAAAAGUUGGUUUGUGUGACAUCCUGUGAAAUGUUUGUUUCCUAGUUUAAAAACAUGAUUUUUUUCCGCAUGUGAAUCGUGGGAAUUGAGAAAAACUAGAUAUUUUCAGAGGGUUUUAAGGAAAUAUCACGAUGUCACCGCUACACCGUACCAUCUACCUUGUUAUUUUCGCAAUUUUGUGUCUGCAUAUUAGUGACGUCUGGUCUAUAAUAUGCAAAUGUGAUUUGUGCAAAAGUGAAAAUUAUACUUGUACAACAAAUGGAUAUUGUUUUACUUCAGUUCAGAGGAAAAAAGGAAGCGACGAGCUAAUUUAUAACUAUCGAUGUUUCGAUAACGAGAAAUUCCCUGACGUCAUAUCCGACGCCAACAAGCAUCUCACCUACUGUAACGUCAACGGGUCAGACAACGACAUCUACUACGUCACGUCCUGUUGCGACAGUGCCGAUUACUGCAACGAGAUGGCGCUGCCGCGUAUCGUGUUAGGCCAGUUGAACAAGUCGGAAGCAGAAGGUUCAAAAGGGACGUUUUUUACUGGUCUUCAAACGGCUCUGUUGAUAGUGGUGCCCACUCUUGUCAUAUGCGUGUUGGUAAUAUUCGCAUACUGCUUUGUGACGUCGAACUACAAGAAGAGGGGGUUGCAUCAUCAUUUGAGACAUGGAGAUGACAGUAUUGAAGCACCUGAUCAUCCCAUUCUCAAUAAGGGUGUCAGUUUGAAGCAUAUGAUCGAAAUGACAACUAGCGGAAGUGGUUCAGGGUUGCCACUGCUGGUACAGCGAUCUAUAGCUCGUCAAAUACAGCUGAUCGAUAUUAUCGGUCAAGGACGUUUUGGUGAAGUCUGGAGGGGCAGGUGGAGGGGCGAAAAUGUAGCUGUCAAAAUAUUCAGCUCUCGCGAGGAACGAUCCUGGUUUAGGGAGGCUGAGAUUUAUCAGACGGUGAUGCUGAGACAUGAAAACAUUCUGGGAUUCAUUGCAGCAGAUAAUAAAGAUAAUGGUACGUGGACUCAACUGUGGCUCAUCACCGACUACCACGAGCACGGCUCACUCUUCGAUUUUCUGGGCAGGAACACUUUGGACACGGGCAGCAUGAUCAGGAUGGCCCUGUCCAUUGCUACUGGUCUUGCCCACCUUCACAUGGACAUCAUGGGCACGCAAGGAAAGCCCGCUAUUGCUCAUAGAGAUUUGAAAUCGAAAAACAUCCUCGUCAAAUCCAACGGCACCUGCGCCAUUGGCGAUCUUGGAUUGGCCGUUAGACAUGACGUCACCACGGAUACGGUGGACAUCCCUUUGAAUAAUAGGGUUGGCACCAAGCGAUACAUGGCACCAGAGGUUUUGGAUGAAACCAUGAACAUAGACCAGUUCGAUUCAUUCAAACGGGCCGAUGUGUACGCUUUGGGGCUGAUUUUCUGGGAGAUAGCCCGGCGCUGUAACGUGGGCGGUAUCUUUGACGAGUACCAGCUGCCCUUCUUCGAUGCGGUACCGUCGGACCCCACCAUCGAAGAAAUGCGACGGGUGGUAUGUUUCGAACGUCAAAGGCCCAACAUCGCCAACCGUUGGCAGUCCUGCGAGGCUUUGCACGUCAUGUCCAAACUGAUGAAGGAGUGUUGGUAUCACAACGCGACUGCGCGACUCACCGCGUUGAGGAUAAAGAAGACCUUGUCCAACUUUCGGGCAUCGGAAGAACUAAAAAUGUAGACUGGGAUAGUGAAUUGUUUCCCCCGUUUCUUUUUGUUUAUAUAUUGUGGCGCCUUAACAAUUUUGAGGACGUUCUUUAGUUAUAAAUUAAUAUAUUCUAUAAUAGUGAUCUUCAAGGAGUAUUAAAGUGAUAUGUUUUCGGUAGAGUUGAGGAGACUCAAAGAAAGGUUGAAGUAAGGAUGAUUGGUUGCUAUUUAGAGUGGAUGGAACCCACAUAGUACGCUGUAAUGUACAGGGUGUUAUACUUUGAAAUACCCCUAGAUAAUAUUAUACAGGGUCGCUUUUGUGUAUGGAAA